CUGAUAGAGACGCGAGACGAAUUUUGGAGCGUUUAUUAUAAUUUCGGAGCACUUUAUAAAUCUUGGAUUUUGUUUUUAUCACAAGUGGGGAAACAAAAUACACCAAAGCGGACUAAAACUCGACAGACGAAUAAUAAACAUGUUGUGCAUUCCCAAUUCAGGGGACUGUUUCGGGGACCAGAUGCGAUACAGGAUGAGAUCUCUGCAGGAUUUGAAACAGAUUCCUGAACCCAUCGACCCUCCUAAUUGCUCUUACGCAGUAACGCGUGCCUGCCAAAAGAGGGUGCAACAGCGAGAGCAACUCAGCCACCUGCGAAUAUCUGACGUUAGCGAUGCCAGCACCUACGAUUCUGCCUGCUGCUUGGCCAGUCCGUUAGAGGAGGAGGAGGAGGAAGCUAGCGUUGAGCGUCUACCUCAGGGUUCCCCGUGUAGCGUGAAAAGUCUGGAUUUUGAUUCUGGAUAUUCCGAAGCAUCGUGGAAGGAUGAGGGCGUGGUGUUGCGAAGGACAAGGAAUGUACGCGUCUCAUCAUCUGCUUGUGUCCGCGCCAACCGAAUCCGACCCAAAUCUACGUCAGAUGCUUGCCUUGAACGUUGGACGUCAUUUGAAGCCAGUGAGACUGAGGACUGGACCACGUCUUUGCUAACCAGAGGACGUAACCGGCAACCCUUGGUUCUUGGGGACAACAGUUUUGCAGAUCUUAUUAAAAACUGGAUGGAUCUUCCAGAGUGCACAGAUUCUGAUGAACUAAAACCAAACGUUAGCCGUAAAAUAGCCAAGGACUUUCUGGUUAACAUGCGUCGGAAACUAACAGGCAUCACAAGGGGGAAAUCGGUGGAGACUUGCGCUAAACGGAUGUCUUGUCCUUUGGGUUUCCAAGUCAAAAAGCCAUUUUUUCACCAGUCCCACACAAGUUUGCACCAAGCGGGAUCAGACUUUUACCAGUUUAGUGCUCUUAUGAAGACAGGAAGUAGGCAGCCUAUCAUAUGCAAGGACAUCAUUGGAUACAUCUGAUGUAUUUAUUACGAAAGCAGACUCAUCCUUUGAGAUUGCCUAUACAUUGUUGCCUUAUUAUUUCCUAUAACAUGCUUCUAAGUGUUCAUAAAUAUUGUAAUA